AUGUUUUUCUGUCGAGCGUCGAUACGAAGAAGAGCGAGAACUGUAAAGCUGUUACUGUUGGCCGCUCUGUUAGUGAUCGUGGUGUUCGUGCUGAUCGUAUGGACGCUGAGCAGCAUGGCUGACAGCGAAACCUCGUCCUCUGAGCUCGACGGCCAGUGGUCAGUUUCCGAGCCGCCUGUUGACCCUGCGGACGGCACCCAGACGAUGGGUAGCAACGACCACGAAAACGAACACUUGCCUUUCGACUCACUUGACGUCGACUACGACGUCCACGUCUUUUACUACCCAUGGUAUGGCAAUCCCGAAUACGACAACGGCUCAUACUACCACUGGAACCACCGUGGACGACACCGGCCGCCUGAAGACGUGGGAUCUAGCUACUAUCCGACUCUGGGAUGCUACAGCAGCCGCGAUGCACGGGUACUACACCAACACAUGCAGUGGAUCAGGCAGUCAGGAAUUGGAGUAAUUGUUGUGUCGUGGUAUCCACCAGACAGAAGCGACAGUGAGGGUAGACCAUGGGACGCGCUGAUACCGUCAAUCAUGCAGGCAGCACAGAGGCAAGGCCUCAAGGUGACGUUCCUGAUCGAGCCGUACGACGGCAGGAACGGGCGUUCGCUGCACAACGACUUUAAGUACAUUGUCGAACGUUAUGGUGUUCACCCGUCCUUCUAUCGAUACCGCUUCAAGGAGGCGCUGAAACCGCUGCUCUACGUAUACGAUUCGUAUUUGGUGGCGGACGAGGAGUGGAGGUCGGUGCUACGCGAUGGGGGCAACAACUCGAUCCGCAACACCGCCUUCGAUUGCUUCGUGCUCGGUCUGUUGGUGAAGGACCGCGAUAAGCACAAACUGGUGGCCAAUGGCUUCGAUGGCUGUUUCACGUACUUCGCCAGCAGUCGCUUCUCGUACGGCUCUACACCGACCAACUGGCGGCUAAUCGCUAGCUUUGCCAACCGCCAUGGUCUCAUAUUCUCGCCCAGCGUCGGCCCCGGCUACGUGGACGAAACUAUUCGGCCGUGGAACCAGCUGUGCACCCGCCAUCGCCAAAACGGCGACUACUACAAGAAGAUCUUCAACGAAUGGCACGAGGGCACGCAGAUCGAGCCGGCGGCGCCGCAAUAUAGCGAGAGCGGCAAAGCAAAUGACGAGAACUCGCCGCGCUACCUCGACUACUUGCCAAUGGAUCCCGAAUACUACUUGACCCUCACUAGGGAACUGAUAAAGAACAAAAAAUCACAGGUAACGAUUUACAGAUGUCAAUAAAU